UGGCUGUGCUCCCCCCGCCCCCACGGUGACGAGUCGCUGCGCCAGUGACCCUCCUGCUGACGCCACGCCGCAAGAUGCCCGGCAAGAAGAGCCGCGCGCGGGGGUCGCCCUCCACCCAGUGGGUGCUGCUCGCUCCAGAGUCUGUUGUUGAUACACCAGAGAAGAUUAAUUCUGGUCCUGUUUUUACAAGACUUCGCAAUCCUAAAACGGCAAAUGGUGCCUUGUACCUUUUUAGUAGUGAUUGCAAACAAGUUUUUGAAGUGAAGGCUUUUGACGAAGACCAUCAUUCUUGGUUUAUCGGUCAGUCUGUUCAGCGUGAUGGAAGGCUGAUGUUUGUUACGCCCCUGGAUCCACUGUUUCUGGUACUACCAUACCUUAUUAAUGCCAGUGAAAAGCAAGGAAAAUUUGAGCCAGCUGAUCAGGUAAUAAAGGAUGAAGAUUUUCCCGAAUGUGCCAAUGUACUGAAAUGUUCGAGGACUUUGCAAUCACUUCACUGUAUCACUGAUGAAAAAGAAAUGGGUGAUCGAAAGUUUUAUAAGUAUAACAGAGAGAAAACCCUUGUGUGGCUAAAAAAGAAGGCUGAACAGACUGUAAAGGCGCUAAAGUGUGCUGGUGUUUCUGUCGGCGGAGGUGUUCAGUCCAGUGUGUUGGUUAGGAGUAAACAAGUUGCAGAAGCAACAGAAGAGGAUUUCCUACGAUACGCUCAUGGUUUGCUGUCAGAAUAUAUUCCCAUGGGUUUAAGUGAGGAACUCUUCAAAUUCUUGGAGUUACCAGUUAUUUCAGCCAACACAGCAUCAAGUGAGCCACCAUCAAAGAAAAGGAAAUUGUCUGGUAAAGAAGUAGAGGCGGAAGAAGAUUACACCAAGUUCAACUCUGAUUCAAAAGAGAAAAAGCCCACCAAGAUGACAGCUGCACAGAAAUCCCUGUCAAAGGUUGACAAAAGUGGAAUGAAAAAUAUAUCUGCCUUUUUUGCAUCAAAGACCAAAGGAACAAGCAAGAGUCCAUAACUUUUGGAUCAUUUCUGUUUUUUUAUAAUAUAAAAUGAACACUUGUUUGUCAGAUGUUCUGAUGCAUUUUUUUUUUCUGUUUCAACAGUACUGCAGUUAAAUCUUAUUUUGUUUUCCUUUCAGCUAAGUUGUAUGUCCAGAAGCGUGCUGUUGAUUUGAAUAUUAAACAUUUUUUUUCUUAAA